AAAAUAAAAAUAACUCUGAUGUCUUUGACCAAAAUACGGAGAAAAAAGUAGAUUCAAAAUUAGCAGAACAUUCUGAAAGAAUUAAUAUUGCAAAUAUAUUUUUGAAUUUCUAAACAAUCAUCGGGUUGAGAACUUUUGUCCUGAAAUACAUACACAUUGGGAAUGACGGCAAUCGGCGAUGUAAAAGUCAGUGACAGUCGGAGUUUAUAUCGACUCGUCUGGCUAUAUUUACAACAAUUUACGAACGAAUUGUCGCGCAACGAUAUUACAAAAGAUAUUUCCAAUAAAACUAACGCGAUAAUGUGAUCAGAUCUUAUUAGCGCAAUAAAUUUAGGGUGAAACUUUUAUAGGAAAUUGGAGAUAGUCGGAGAUAGAGAUUUUCUGCAAUUUUCGAAAUUUAGAUAGUUUCUACCUAAUUUUAUUUUUUUUUCCAGCUGCACUAAACCUGAUAGUCAUUCUUAAUUGGAUGAGUGAUAAGUUGUAAAUUACUGUGGAAAUUAUUUUUAGUGUCCAAAACAAUUUUUGGCUAAUUCGAGAUGAAGGAUGCGCAAAAAAUUAGUUGUUAAUCUUUUUUAAAAUAAUUUUAAUUAAAUGGAUCUCUGUGCGAAUUUUCGCGUUUCUCAAAUAUAAAAAUUGGAAUUAGUAAAUCAAUAAUAUGUCAAUGGUUGCUGCUUUAAAGUAAUUUUAGAAUAUAUAUGAAUGCUAAUUGAUUGUAAAAAAUCUUUAAAAUGUCCUUUUUUUACAUCAGAAAUUAGUUUCAAUUAACAAGAUUUAUUUGGUAUACCCGCGAUAUUUCCGAUCAGGCGACCGUAACUCCGUCGUAGACUCGAACGAUCGGACCUGCUCCGCGUUUCUGCGAGAGUGGAAACACUGUGCUUUUGAGUGCAAAAAUCGUCCUGUAUAUGACCUAUAGCGAAAGAACAUAAUGGGUGCUUUCCAUUUAGUAACACAAGUCGACACAAGCAUCGUUCUAUCUUUUUUUUAUGUUCAAUGAGUAACAAAGAUAGAACGACACUUGUGUCGACUUGUGUCAUUAAAUGGAAAGCACCCAAUGUGGUACCAGCAAGAUAUAUAUAGUGCGUGAUACAUUUAUUGUGGUGUGUCAAGUGUUGUGUACAAGCGGAUCUUUCCCUUCGGGUUCGUCAACGACGGAGUAAGUGAUGGAGAUCAACAAUUGUGGCGACGCUAGUGGACAGCAUCGAUGCCGGACCGUCAACAAGGAACGCAAUACUAGCUCUCAUAAAAUGACGACUCUGAGGGAAAGCGUGCGUGUGAUCUAUGAUUUAUUGCUGUUUAUUGGCAUGGCGAUUGUUUAUUUCACUGAGACGGUAGUAUUAACAUUAAUUCCUCGCCGAUAUCGAGCAAAAUCAAUUAAGGGUGAAAUUGCUCUUGUUACGGGUGGUGCCAGCGGAAUCGGCAAACUAAUCGCAAUCAAAUUCGCUGAACUAGGUGCACACGUAGUUAUCUGGGACAUCAACAAAAAUGGUCUUGCAGAAGUUGCAGAGGAAAUUAGAAAAAUUGGUGGAAAAUGUUGGACAUAUUGUUGUGAUAUAGCUGAUAAAGACUCAGUGUAUCACACUGCAAAAGCAGUACAGAUUGAAAUCGGAAAUGUAAAUCUAUUAGUAAAUAAUGCUGGAUAUGUAUACGGGAAGACUUUUAUGGAAUUGCCCGACUGCGAAAUUGAACAAACUUUUAAAGUGAAUAUUCUAUCACAUUAUUGGAUUACAAAGUCAUUCUUGAAAGAUAUGAUGAAAAAUAAUCAUGGUCAUAUUGUGACAAUAGCAAGUGUCGCUGGACUUUUAGGAAUUUACAACUGUACAGAUUAUUCUGCGACAAAAUUUGCUGCCAUUGGAUGUCACGAGAGUCUCUUCACCGAACUCAAAAUGCACGGAUACGAAGGGAUUCAAAUGACUUUAGUUUGUCCCUACCUUAUUAAUACGGGAAUGUUUAAUGGAGUGAAACCUAGAUUGAUGCCGAUGCUUGAACCGGAAUAUGUUGCCGAAGAAGUAAUUGCAGGUGUAUUAGCGAAUGAUUCAGUGAUAAUAUUACCUAAUAUAUUAAGAUAUUUACUGCCGUUUAAAAGCUUAUUACCAAUGAAGAUGAAUUGGGCAUUAAUGUAUCACAUUCUGAAAGGACCACAGAUUAUGAUGACGUUCAAAGGUCGUGACUCGAACAAUAAAGACAAUAAUGUUGAUAAUGAUGAUAGUAUAACAAAUUAUAAUGAUAUAUGCGUGCAUUAAAAUUAUAUAAAUCAUAAUUUACAUAUUUUAUCUAUAAUGCUACAUAUAUGUUAUAUGCAAUUAUUGAAAUAUAUUCCGUGACUUUUUUUAUG